AUGUCAUCCCGAAAAUUAAAAGGGCUGGCUGCCAAGAAGACCGCGGUGCUGGCCGAAGCACUCAGUUUACACGAGAUGUUCCCCGACUGGGAGCUCGACGACUUAAAGCAAUUGUUGGCCGAACACCACGACGACUUACAGAUUGUCGUUGAUCUCAUUGUCAACGGCAAGGUGGCGAAGUGGGAGCUGACGAAGAAGGAGAAGCCCAAGCCCAAGCCCAAGAGCGACGACACAGCCCGGGCGGCGAAGCCGCCGGCAGGGCGCCAGCAGAAGCUGGCACACCCGGCCAAGGAGAGAAAGAAGCGCGACCAGGCGAAGCUGGCAUCGACACCGACACCCUCGCUGGCGGCGGCCGCCUCCCUGGGGCUGGCACCGGGGCUGGCAGCCGACGACGCCAAGCUGAAGCCCCACCAUCAACAACAACACCAGCUGCUGGAACAACUGCUGCAACGAGAAGAACAACUGCUGCUGCUGCAACAACAACAACAGCAACAACAACAGCUGAAUCUCAACUCGUGGGCGGCGGCAUUGGCCCCAGAAACUCCCAAGCCCAAGCCCCAGCGAAAGAAGCAUGACCACAAGGAGCAACACGAACAAUCGGAACAGGAGUCCUCGAACCAACAACAACAACAACAACACCAAGACCAACAAGAACAACACCAGCAACAACAACAACACCAGCAACAACAACAACCCGACCAAGAUAAGCAAGCUAACCAGGAUCAACAACCUCAACAACAGCAACAGCAGCAGCAAGAUGUGGGUCUGACCUCGUGGCUGGCGGCGUUGGCCCCCAAGAAGGCUGCCCCCAAGGAAAAGAAGGAACAACCGAAGGAACAAGCUCUGGAAGCGGCUCCCGCCCACGCUGACGCCGCGGCGGCCCCUCAAACCGAACAAUCCUCCAAGCCCUCUGCUCCCGAGCAACAACAACAACAACAACAACCGGAAGCGGUGCCCGAACAAGCCGCCGAACAGGCCGCUCCCGCCCCCGUGCAAGCUCAACCUCAGCCGCAGGUGGUGUUGCCCAGCGGCUCGCAACCUGGUGCCGUCGGCGUCUCGUUUGGCUCGUUGUCGUUGGAAGACGAUGAAGAAAAGGACUUGUACCAACCGGCUCAACCUCAACAACAGACCCAGCAACCCCAGCAACAACAACAACCCCCUGCUCAACAACAACAACAACCUGAGCAGCAACAGCAACAACAGCCUCAAGCGCAACAACCGCAAGCCCAAGGGCAAAACCCCAACAAGCAACAAUACGACUACUACUCGCAAUUCAACCAGAACUUCCCUCAACAGGGGGGUCAGGCGGUUCCCGGGGGUCAGUUCCAGGCGUACCCCGGGGUUGAGUUUGGCUACAACCACUUGGCGGGAAUGACGGCGUCGCCCGGGAUCCACCACGCCUCGCUGUACCAAUACAACCAGCAGGCGGCUCCCCAGCAAAACCCUGAGGCGGCGCAACUGCCUCUGAUCAACCCGUCGUUGCAGCAACAGAUGCCCACCCCUUACUACUACAACUACUCGUACCCUUACUACCCUUACUACCAACUGGGUGUCAACCAGAAUGCUUUCGGCAACGGCCAACAACCUCAGCAACAGCAACAGCAACAACCCCAAGGGGGCCCCCAAUCGCAGCCUCAACAACAACAACAGCUGCAACUGCAACAAGGCAACCAGCCCAACCCGCAAAACAACUUUGGCCAGCUGAUGGCGAGCCCGCUGCACUACUACGGCCAGUUCAACCAGCGCUACCCCGGCUACCAACAAUACCCGCCCGCGGGUAACAACGGCCAACCGGGCCAAGGCCAAUCGCAAGGGUCGGCCCAGCUGCCCCAGGCGCAACCGCCGGCUCUGGCUGAAGGCGACUCGCUGAACCCGGGUCAAGGCCAGCAACCGGGGCACCCCAUCCCGCAACAACCGAUGAUGCCCGGCUACGCUGCCUACCAGCAGUACGGGUUUGGGUACCAGGACAACGCCCAGUACCGCGGCGGCAACUGGUACUCGUGA